UGCUGCUCAUGCUGCUGGGCAGUCAGGCGUACGGGCUCCACCGAACUUCAGGGAACAUUAACACCACCGACUGGCACUGCGGAUUCAAAAGAAGCAGCAGACGGUGGGGCACAAUCAUCUUCAGCCUCCGCACAGCCAUCCGGCACGCCCACUUCCAACACUCCCGGCGGCGGCGAUGGUGGAGGCGCCACUACAAGCACGACCGCCAGCAGCCCCAGUGGUGGGAACCACACGAAAGACAACGCGGACGGCAGCGACACGUCCACUGUGUGGGUGCGUGCCACGCCGCUGCUGCUGCUGCUGCUGACGGCUGCCGUUGCCUGCACUGCUGGGGAGUGA